CCCAGGCCCGCAGUGAGGCCCCGGUCCCUCUGGAGACCCCCUCCCCCUCCCCAUGCGGGGCGGCGCGGCGUUGGCCGCUCUCCGGCUCCGGACCAGCUUCGAGUUCGGGAACCGGGAGGUGGCGAAAUGGUUCCCCGGACACAUGGCGAAAGGACUCAAAAAGAUGCAAGCCAGUCUGAAAAAAGUGGAUUGCAUUAUUGAAGUUCAUGAUGCCAGGAUUCCUUUGUCUGGACGUAACCCUAUGUUUCAGGAGGCCCUGGGUGUCAGACCCCAUCUACUAGUACUAAACAAAAUGGAUUUGGCUGAUUUGACAAGUAAACAGAGAAUCCUGAGACAGUUGGAACAGCAAAGAAUCCAAAACAUUCUCUUCACUGAUUGCCUACGAGACAGAGAUGUAAAUGUGAAGAAAAUUAUUCCUGCUGUUACAGAGCUCAUUCAGAAAAGUGACCGGUUUCACAGAACAGAGAACUUAGAAUAUUGCUUGAUGGUAAUUGGUGUACCAAAUGUUGGCAAGUCGUCUCUCAUUAAUGCCAUGCGAAGGAUGUAUUUAAAAAAAGGCAAAGCCUCCAGAGUUGGUGGAGAGCCAGGGAUUACCAGAGCCGUGCUCACAAAGAUACAGGUUUGUGAAAGGCCCCUCAUGUAUCUAUUAGAUACUCCCGGCGUCUUUUCUCCACGUAUAGAAAGUUUGGAAGUUGGAAUGAAACUGGCACUCUGUGGAACUAUAUUGGACCACUUGGUAGGAGAAGAAAUAAUUGCAGAUUAUCUACUUUUCACGCUGAAUAAACAACAGAAGUUUGAUUACGUUGAGCGAUAUCAGCUGGGAGAGCCUUGUGAUGAUCUGCAGACUGUGCUCAAAAAAAUAGCCGUCAAACUCGGCAAGACACAGAAAGUAAAAGCCAUCACUGGUGUUGGUGACAUUAACAUUCUCAUGCCAAACUACAGUGCAGCUGCAUAUGACUUCAUCAGGGCAUUUCGGAAAGGUGAACUGGGAAAGGUCAUGCUGGACUGACGUUAACGCAUCUAGCUUGAAACAAUGAAGAACAGAACAUCUUACCAAAGAUUUGACAUGGCCAGUGUUCCAUUGUGGGAAAUAUCUGCAUCACAGUGUAUUGGAGCACUUCUUAAAACACCUUUCACGUCAUGUGAAAUACUAAUACAAAAAUGAAAGUUACCUGACUGAUGAACAUGUGGAGCAUGGCUGCUUUAUAUUCAAAGUUCAAGGGUUUCAUUCUCAGUGAGUUUUGGGAAUGACAACCAAAUAAAGCCGGGGACUCUUGUACAAAUGCCAAAUGUUUGGAAACAGCCUGAAUAUAAUACUCAUGACAAAAAUAAAGAACUGAACAAUAAAUCCAUCACUACUGCCUUUUCAGAUCAGAUAAAAACUGAGUAGUUUUGGUUAAAAAUAUGCAGUGUAGUUUUCUGCAAGUCGGUCAAGAUAUCGACGCAGUCUUCAAUAAAACUAGGUUACAUAAAGAAGUUUCACAAUUGCCCCAUUUUUAGUCAAAAUUAAGAAAUGACUAACUUCAAUUGUUUUUUUGAAUAUUAGUUAACAUAGCAAGUGCUGACAGUGUCACAAGAAGAUUUGAUUUGAAUAAAUUAAUGAACUUCAGUUGUAUGCCCAGGUUCAUUAUACUGGUUGUGUUUACAUUAUCAAUAUUCAUUCAAAACUUUAGAUUCAGUAACUCCUUUCCAUUUCAUUGUCAUCUUGUCUUUAGUAUUUAUCAUUUUUAAGCAAGUAUAUAUAUUGUUAAAAGUUAUUUAAUUCCAUCUUUUGUAAUAUUUUCUUAUUGAAUAGCUCCUCAGGAGCAUAUGUGCCCCGUCACCACCCCAAACUUUUAGUUAAUUAUCUUUAUUCUCCAAGAUGAAUUGUGGUCUGCUGUGUCAGAAGUGAUUUUUGAAAUGAUUAAAGGUUUGCGUUUGCAUAAAA